UAGCUUGUAUUCAGUCUAUUCAGUGAAGGUUGUUCCCGGCAGUACGGCGUGCAAAAAGGAAUUCAACAAUCUAGUGAGAGAGAAAGAGAAGAUCCGAGAGCGAAAUAGAGAGAGAGUGAGGCUUGAAGAAAAGAAAGAAAUCGUGAAAAGACGCCCGGGUAUCUAAGGAAUAGUUAGUAAAUUGACCUGAAUCUUUGACAAACUAUUAAGUGAAUAACGAUACGAAGUGACCCAGCUGAACCUCUUAACCUUGAAAAAAUUAAUGGUCAAAAUUUAAGGUAGUCCCUUGUUGUGAGUUGAUGUUGUAUCCUUUGUAUAUACCUAAAACCUCCAUUGUCGUAAUCCGACGAGUCUAAGAUAUUUAGGAGCAACCGAACAAUGUCUUCUGGAGCUGGAUCCAGUGGUACUGGGCGAGGAAGAGGCUCCUCGUUGGCGGACAAUAAGCCGGAGAAUAAGGAAGCCAAGCCAAAUCCUAAAAUGUCAAAGGCAUUGGGUACUUCAGCUAAAAGAAUACAAAAAGAAUUAGCAGAAAUAACUCUGGACCCUCCGCCAAACUGCAGUGCAGGCCCUAAGGGAGAUAACUUAUAUGAAUGGGUGUCUACUAUCUUGGGUCCACCCGGGUCAGUCUAUGAAGGAGGUGUCUUUUUUUUGGACAUUCAUUUUUCUCCGGAGUAUCCUUUCAAACCUCCAAAAGUAACAUUUCGAACACGUAUUUAUCACUGCAACAUCAACAGCCAAGGUGUCAUCUGUCUUGAUAUACUUAAAGAUAACUGGUCUCCCGCAUUAACCAUCUCCAAGGUUCUUCUGUCCAUCUGCUCACUCCUUACAGAUUGUAAUCCAGCGGAUCCUUUGGUUGGUAGUAUAGCAUCACAAUAUCUCCAAAAUCGAGAAGAACAUGAUCGUAUAGCACGACUUUGGACGAAACGGUAUGCUACAUGAGCUUUUAGCUCAAAAUCUCAGCUCCUAACAGCCUCAUGCCAAUUAACCAUCCACUGCGCUGCUCUCACAAACCUUUUCUUUAAUGCCUCGUGUGCGUGUGUGCGCCAAAUACGUUCCUAAAUAUUGAGUCCACCGUGGGCUUUAGUUUUAAUCCUCGAUUCAAGUUUAAGAUUACUCCCGUAAAAAAAAAAAAAUAAAAUAAAAUAAAAAAAAAUAAUAAAAAAAUUUUUAACAAUUAAACGUAAUAGUUACGAACUAAUAAUAAUUAAAUCCGGUUCGAUUGUGAUUAUUUGUAUGUAAGAUAAUAGAGCUAAUGUGUCGAAGAUGAAUGAAUGCAGAUUAGUAUUUUUUAUUUUUUUUUUUAUUUUAUGUAAUAGUUUUGUUUGUAAAGGCAUGAGCUGGGAGUAAAUAUUUACUUUUCUAUUUUACUUUAAAAAAAAAAAAAUACCCAUUUUUCGGGUGUACAUUACUAUUACAAUGUAGUGUUUAAUGAAUGUUUAAUCUUGGAAAGUAAAUGGAAAAGAUAAGUGAACUAUCAUCAAUAAUUUAGAUAUUAGGAUUACGAACUACUUUAAUAUUGAAAACGAAAAAAAAUAUAAUUAUCUAAUGAAUGCAUUGUAAGUAAUAAAUUAAAAAUUACUACUAAAUAUUUUUAGUUUUUAAAAAUACUUGUAUGGUACGCAAAUUUUUUUUUUUUCUUACAAACAUAUAAAGAUAAAAAUAAAUAUAAACAAAAUUACUGACUAUAUAUAUAAAUAUAUAAGUAUAAAUUAAUUAUUAAAGCAGUUUAUACUAACCAUUUUUUAUGCCUCAUUAAAUAUUUUUGUAAUCCGACAGUUAAAUAUUAAUUUAUUUCUAAACUGUAUUUGAUUAAUUUAAAUUAAUUAUUGAUUUAUUUUAUGUACUUUUUUUUCGUUUUUAAUAUACAACACAUUUAAUAAUUGUGAUUGUAAAUAAGUAUGAUUCUUUUUGUUCAUUGUAUAUUUUACUAUGUAGAAAAUAAAUGUAAGAAUUUUUCCAAGUAAUUUGUAACGUAACAACAUUUUAAAA